ACUCAGGAUCAGAGUAUUUACAACGUGAGACCCAGGAGGACAAGCUGAAGAGGGAGGCAUCAGCUGGUGAGCUUGAGUUGAAGAUGGAAAAAGAAUUAAAAGAGAAAUUAAGACAGAAGAUGAUGAAACAACUAGAGGAGAAAGACACACAACUGGAUGAUAUGACCCAGGAAGUGAGAGAGAAAGACACACAACUGGAUGAUAUGACCCAGGAAGUGAGAGAGAAAGAGAGACUCCUGGAUGAUAUGACCCAGGAAGUGAGAGAGAAAGAGAGACUCCUGGAGGAGAAGAACCAGAUAAUGGAACAGAGGGACAAACAAUUAGAAGAGAAAGAAAACCAACUGGAAGAGAAAGACAAGCAACUAAAGGAUAGAGACAUUCAACUAGAGGCUCUGAGAAAGAACCUGCAGGACAAGAACAGCAAAGUAGAGAACUUCAGAGUCCUACUGCAGGAAAAAGACCUUCAACUAGAGGACAGGAACCACAGACUGGGAGAGAAGGACAGACUACUGGAAGAGAGAGACAAACUACUGCGGGAAAAAGACCUUCAACUAGAGGACAGAGACCACAGACUGGGAGAGAAGGACAGACUACUGGAAGAGAGAGACAAACUACUGCAGGAAAAAGACCUUCAACUAGAGGACAGGAACCACAGACUGGGAGAGAAGGACAAACUACUGGAAGAGAGAGACAAACUACUGCAGGAAAAAGACCUUCAACUAGAGGACAGGAACCACAGACUGGGAGAGAAGGACAGACUACUGGGAGAGAGAGACAAACUACUGGAAGAGAGAGACCUUCAACUAGAGGACAGGAACCACAGACUGGGAGAGAAGGACAAACUACUGGAAGAGAGAGACAAACGACUGGAAGAGAGAGACAAACUACUGGAGGGAAAAGAAAACAAACUAAAAGAGAGGAGACAGGAAGUAGAAGAGAGGAGACAGGAAGUAGAAGAGAAAGACAACCUACUAGAGGAGAGAGAGAACCAGCUAAAGGAAAGAGACAAACAGGUGGAGGAUGUCAACAAUGAAAAUGCUGAACUGGCUCAACAGAUAUGUGAUGUGAAGACUGAGGUAGAGAGACUGAGAAGAGAGAUCUCAGCCCAGAUGACUGAACAUGGAGAGACGUCAGAUACAGGUUCCAUCCUCCCAGUCAGGAGGAGAGACAGCAAGGACCUUCCUCCAUCCAUGAGAGGAGAGACCUCAGAUACAGACCCCACACUUCCACUGAGGAGGACAAACAGCAUGGAGUUAAUUCCUCCACAUAUGGGAGGAGGGAGCAGCAAUCCAGACUCCCCAGUGUCUCCCAGUGUGUCUGAGCUGAGACUGGUGCUGCUGGGGAGGACUGGGGCUGGGAGGAGUGCAGCAGGAAACACCAUCCUGGGCAGAGAGGAGUUUGGGGCCCAGGCCAGCCCCUCUGCAGUGACCCAGAGGAGUAAGAGGAGAGAGGGGGACGUGUGUGGGAGACGGCUGGUGCUGGUGGACACUCCAGACUGGUUCUGUCCUGGACUCUCUCUGGAGGAGAUGAGACAGGAUGUGGGGCUCUGUGUCCGUCUGUCUGCCCCGGGACCCCACGCCUUCCUCCUGGUCAUACCAGUGGAGCCCUCUAAGGGGGAGGAGAGAGGGGUGCUGGAGAGAAUAGAGGAGAUGUUUGGGGAGUGUUGUUGGGGACACACUGUGAUUCUAUUCACCCAUGAUGAUGGACUGAAAGAGCAGAGCAUUGAGGAGUUUCUCCAAGCAGGAAGUCAGGACCUCCAGCAGCUUGUAGAGAAAAGUGGGAGCAGGUACCACGUCCUCAAUAUUAAGGACAGGGCCCAUGGCACUCAGGUAUCAGAGCUGCUGGAUCAGGUAGAGGAGAUGGUGGCCGGAAACAGAGAGAGAUUCUACAGCAGUCAGACCUACCAGGAGGCAGAGGACCAGGUUAGAGAGAUGGAGGGAAACAUCCAGAGAGAGAGAGGAGAGACGAAACAGAGGGAGGAGAGAGACUUGAGAGAGAGGCUUGAGAAGGAGUUGCAGGACUCUCUGAUAAAGAUAGAGGGAGUGAUCCAGGAACAUGAGGGAGAUAUCAGAACACUCAGUGAAAGAACCAGUGAACUGGAGAGACAGGUGAAAGAAGAGAGGGAUGAGGAGAAGAAAAGAGAGCUGGAGAGGGAGCUGAAGAGGGAGUCUGAUAGGAGGGAGGAGAUGGAGAGAAAGCUGGAGAGAUUUAGAGAGAAGAGAGAGAAUGAGAGGAGGGAGAUGGAGGAGAGACACAGACAGGUGAUGGAGAACUAUGAAGGAGAAGCCAGAGUUGAAGCAGAGAGAAACCUAAUGAAGAUAGUCCUGCCUGAGUUACAGAGGAACAUCAUGAUCUCACAGACAAAGAUGGAGAGGGAGUUCAGCAGACAGAUGAAGGAGAAGGAUAGAGAGAUGGAGAGGGAGUUCAGCAGACAGAUGGAGGAGAGGAAUAGACAGAUGAAAGAGAAGAAUAUAGAAAUGGAGAGACUAAGACAGAACUUGAAAGAAGUCAGGGAAGCUCACUCAGUGUUGCAGAAGGGACUGGAACGAGAGGGGAAAGGUCAGAGGGCACUGAUAGGGUUGUUGGGCUGGGUCAGGAGAAACUCAUCAAGUUGGCUUCUCCACAAUCUGAUAUGAUUCACCAUCACCGUCUAUGAUGAUGAACCAGACCAGGUCUACUGUCCACUGUACCGUGGGGGGUGACCAUGGAUCAUGGUGGUCAUGGGGAAAACAGGACAGAAUAAUGUCUGGUCCAGUCUACAGUGUCAAGAGAAGGAGGGGAGGGAGGUCUGUAAAGAUCUUGAUGAGACGUAAAACAGAAUUCCAAUCCAACGUAGAUUAUUGACCUUUGCACUGCAGACCUUUAGAAUGGAGAGGGUUGUGGGGGGUCAGGAGGUCAGCGGGCGGAGUCAGAGACUGAGAACUCUAAAGAUCUGAGUGAGACUUUUACCCAGUGUUUGAGGAGGUCUACUAUUGAACAGAGAACCAUACUGUAUUUACCACACUCUACUUCCUGUUCUUAUUCAAAGUGUUUCAUGUUGAAACUUUUGUCUCCUACUUUUAUAUUUUCUAUGUUGGUGUUUUGUAUGGUUCCCAAUUAGAGGCAGCUGGUAAUCGUUGUCUCUAAUUGGGGAUCAUAUUUAAAUCACUGUUUUUCCCACCUGUGUUUGUGGGAUAUUGUUUUGUGUUUGUGCACCACGUAGUCACGGUUCGUUGAUCGUUUAUUGAUUUAAUGAUUUACGACAUUUAAAUGGCUCCGUGUGGUUCGGUGAACUAAGCUGGUGUAAUAAGUCACCAUAUCUGACACCUGAAGACUGGUGGAAGCCAACACAGUCUUCUGAUCCACACGAGACUCUGGCUCCAAACCAAUCUGUCCGUAAGAGUUAUUUAAUGUUGAGGAGAGUGAGAGGUCUACAGAUGUCAUGCCCUGACCUUAGUUAUCUUUGUUUUCUUUAUGUUGGUUAGGUCAGGGUGUGACGAGGGGUGGUUUAUUGUGUUUUUGU